CGAGGCCGCCCUCACUGCGCAGGCGGCAGGGCCUGUCAUCACCCGUGUCGUUCUCCAGGACUGUUCCACCAGCUGGAGCGGGGGGGCGGGAAGCGGCAGCGGGCUGCGCGCCCCCCAGCCCUUGCCGUCACGGCGCGCGGCUCCGCUGCCCCGAUCCCUCCCCGCCCGCCUGCCGCGGUGGUCUAGGCCGCGCCGCGGGGCGGGCCCGCCGCCGUUCCCUAGGUGAGCGCGUGCCCCGCCCUUCCCGCCGCCGCCUCGUCAGGGCUGCCAGCGUGGAGCAGCUGGGGCGGAAGUGCUGGCGGGGGGCGGUGCGCACCGGGAGCCCGCUGGUCAUGGACGUCUCGCUGGAGAAGCUGUUAUAUUUUUCCCUGAAAGAUGGUUGACCCUACUCUAGCAGAAAUGGGAAAGAAUCUCAAUGAAGCAAUGAAGAUGCUGGAAGACAAUCAAAGAAAAUUGGAGGAGGAAAAUGAAAAGAAAUAUGCACGGAAGGAUAUUCCAGGACCACUCCAAGGCAGUGGCCAGGAUAUGGUGAGCAUCCUUCAGCUAGUUCAGAACCUCAUGCAUGGAGAGGAGGAAGAGGAAACUUCACAGGCCUACCGACUUCAAAAUGUUGGUGAACAGGGACACAUGGCUCUGCUGGGCCACAGUUUGGCUGCGUAUAUAUCAGUGCUGGAUAGGGAAAGGUUGCGAAAACUUACAACGAGGAUCCUUUCGGAUACUACACUCUGGCUCUGCAGGCUUUUCAGGUAUGAAAAUGGAUCAGCAUAUUAUCAUGAGGAUGACCGUGAAGGCCUCCUAAAAAUCUGUCGACUUGUUAUUCACACGCGCUACGAAGAAUACGCAAUAGAAGGAUUUAAUGUGCUGUAUACUAAGCAGCCUGUCAUAUACAUCAGUUCUGCAGCUAGAACAGGCCUGGGCCAAGCUCUCUGCAACCAGCUGGGGUUACCCCUUUCUUGCAUGUGCCGUGUGCCUUGUAACACUAUGUUUGGAUCUCAGCAUCAAAUGGAUGUUGCUUUGUUGGACAGAUUAAUUAAAGAUGAUGUUGAGUCUGGAAAACUGCCUUUGUUGCUUGUGGCCAAUGCUGGGACCCCAGGUGCUGGACACACAGAUAAACUUGGCCGGCUGAAGGAACUUUGUGAGCAGUAUAAUAUGUGGCUCCAUGUAGAAGGUGUGAAUUUGGCAACUUUGGCUCUGGGUUAUGUCUCCUCUUCUGUACUGGCUGCUACGAAGUGUGACAGCAUGACCCUGACUCUGGGUUCCUGGCUGGGUCUGCCGGCUGUUCCUGCAGUGACGCUCUACAGACACGAGGAUCCAUCUUUGUCCUUAGCAGCGGGGCUGACGUCGAGUCAGGCCGUGGAGAAGCUCCGCGCACUGCCGCUGUGGCUCUCUUUGCAGUACCUGGGCCAUGACGGGAUUGUGGAGAGGAUAAAACACGCCUCACAACUGAGCCAAAGGUUGCUGGAAAACUUGAAAAACCUGGAUUUCAUUAAAACUUCGGUUGAAGAUGAACUGAGUUCCCCAGUGGUGGUUUUCAAGUUCUUCUGGGAAUAUCCAAAUAGAAAUCAGACCUCACAUGCUGCCCAGGCCUCAGCUAUUCAGCACCCCAUAAUAAGCAAUGAAAGACAUGUUUAUGACACUUUCAAUCAGUGGCUGGGAGAGCAGCUGGCACAGCUGGUCCCAGCCAGCGGGGCCGACGUGGUGGAGCUGGAGGACGAGGGCACCUGUGUGCGGUUCAGCCCCCUCAUGACUGCUGCAGUUCUAGGAACUGAAAUACAAGAUGUUGAUCAGUUAGUAGACUGCUUAAAAAUGAAGAUACCGGUGUUGACAAGUACGCUGCAACUGAGAGAGGAAUUUGAGCAAGAAGUUAGAAGAACUGUUGGCCUGUUGUAUAUUGAAGAUCUCAGCUGGCCAGGAUUAGGUGUUGUAAGAUACAACUAUCACAGUGAUGGGAAGAACGAUGACAAACAAGAAAAGGAACUAGAAAAAAUCAAUACAGAACUUCUGAAAAAGUUAAAUGAGUUGGAGUCGGAUCUCACCUUUUCUUUGGGUCCUGAAUUUGGCGGGCAGAAGAACUGCGUUUAUAUUGGCAUGGUGACCGAGGACCUGGACGUGUCCGAAUUAGUUGAAACUAUCGCAGCAACAGGCAGAGAAAUUGAAGAAAAUUCCAGAUUGUUGGAAAACAUGACUGAAGUUGUUAGAAAAGGGAUACAGGAAGCACAACUUCAGCUCCAGAAAGCAAAUGAAGAACGACUUCUGGAAGAGGGGCUGCUGCGACAGAUACCUGUGGUGGGCUCUGUGCUGAACUGGUUUUCUCCAUUCCAAGCCUCACCAAAGGGAAGAACAUUUAAUUUAACAGCAGGCUCUCUAGAAUCCACAGAAUCUACGUACGCAUCCAAGGCCCAAGGAACAGGCACUACUCCGCCACCAACUCCUACUUCUAGCCUUGCAAAGCAAAGACUUCCUGGCCAGAAAAUUUUUAAAAGGUCUCUGAGAAGUUCUGAUGGAUUCAGCGAGACGAGCUCAGUCAGUCACUGUGAUGACCUGGAGAGGAUGGAUCAGAGGCCCCCGACUCUGUCCCCUGGCCAGGAGCGAGGACCUCCAGAGACUGAAACAGCAGAGGAGCAGGAGGAGGUGGCACGGGCGACAGCUAAAGACACUGAGGACGUUCCGAGUGACAAAUCGCCAAACAGCUCCACAAAGGUAGAGGAACAAGAAAGUCAGAGAUAAAAGCCUGAGGGUGGGUUUCAGACUCUGCGGAGGAGGCCUGAGCCCCGGGAGCCCAGGCGUUAAUGACGCAUAUAAAACGUGACCAGUGCCACACGCCAGUACAGUAAUAACUACUGUAACUGAGUAACUGGGAUUUUGCACAGACACAAAUUCCCCCCAUGGGACAGAGAUUUGUCUUAUCCUACACUUGUUACAGUUGCUUUAAUCCUCUACAUGUCCGUGUCACCAAAGUACUAGUGAAGUUCAUCAACUGCUCAUAACCGUUUGUAAAAAGCUGUUGGCAGUUCUUCCUAAGCAUGAGUGUAGUUGCUAAUGAAUCAAUCAGCCAAACCUGAGAACACAGGUGCAUCAAAUAAUUGUUAAAUGAACUAAUUUUAUGUUAAUACACUUAAAAAAUAAUCAACUGCCAAUUGUUUACCUUUUUGAAGAUUUAAAAUCCAGUUCAGCAGCUCCUGCAGGCGUUUCGCUCCAUUUCGCUGCUUGUUUCCCCCAGGAGGGUCACCUGGCGGCUGUGAGCAGUGACUGCCCGGUGCACCCGUGUCCCUGAGCAGCUUGCUGCCACCUGCCAGUUUUCCCUGCUGCUGCGUGGCGGGACCCCGCGCAGGCCCCAGGGACGGCAGGGCAUGAGUUAGUGAUGCGUUGUUUGUUUAAAGCCUUUGCGGAGGAUCUAGUGCCCGUGCAUGCCGGAAUGGCCGCGUGCUUUUGUCGCUGCAGCUCGUGGCCAGCGCCCCUUUUCCUUUGCACACCAGUUACAAACCAGAUCACACUUGUCAUGUGACCAGAGUUCUUUACGUUGUGUAUUUUUAAAGCUAGUUGUAGUAAAGCUUGGAAAACCAGUACAUUUAUGAUGGUUUCAAUGCCUUUUUUUUUUUUUUUAAUAACAGUAACUUACCUGUGGCAGGAAUUGCACAGAUUGAGAGAAAUUAUAUGGGUUAUCUACACUACAGCACAACUUCUUAAUGCCUACAAUGACUAAAGGCACAAGCAAAGCUUUGGGUAAAUCAACCUCUAAGGUGGAGAAGUGUCCCCCUACCCCCAAAAUUAUCUUGCUGCGGAUUUUCAGAGCCUCUUGUGUAAAGGAGCUCUUUGGAAAAGUUUCCUUUCCCAAAGAUACACGAUUUUUGGGGGAAAACCACCCCAUCCCUGUAGAACCGGAUCCAAGUAUUGCAGUUUGCUUCAUGUGCGUUUUGCUUGGGGUUUUUUCUGCCCCCAAAAGGUGAGCUGUAAGAUGGGUUGUAGUGGUAGUAGGACUGACCAACGGGGGUUGGAGUUGUACCGGCACCCGAUUUGACUUCCAGCUGCUGGAGCCUGUGUGGCGGGGAUGUGACUGAGGGAAACCAGUGCAAUGCUUCUGAAGUGCAAAAACAACUGCGUUGACUAGUCUUCCUUCUUGGGUUCUUUGGUGCAAUGAAGUAUGUUAAUAAGAGUAAUUUGUUUGGGAUAAAGCUAUCUCCGCAAAGAUUAAUUUUUAAUGUUUUUAUAUUUGGAAGUGUUAAACCAGUAGUUUUGUUGGAAUGAGUUUUGUUCUUUAGAUACUUUCUGAAUGUUUCAAUAAAGAUUCUUCAAAUUA